AUGCCCCUGGAGGCGGGAGGCCGGGAAGAGGCCGAGGCGGGCAUCGAAGAGUACGGCCCUGAAGAGUACGGUUGGGAGGAGUCGGACACCGAGGAGUCCGGCCCUGAAGAGCCUGACCCAGAGGAGUUGGACGCCGAGCCGGAGAUGGAGGCCGGGCGGCCGCGGCCGGUGCUGCGCUUGGUGAACUCGCGCGAGCCGUCCCAGGUCAUUUUCUGUAACCGCAGCCCGCGCGUCGUGCUGCCCGUGUGGCUCAACUUCGACGGCGAGCCGCAGCCCUACCCAACGCUGCUGCCGGGCACGGGCCGCCGCAUCCACAGCUAUCGAGUGUAUACCCUGAAAGAGCGAUGCCUCCAGGUUGUCCGAAGCCUAGUUAAGCCUGGGAAUUACAGGAGACUGGACAUUGUCAGAUCACUCUAUGAAGAUCUGGAAGACCACCCAAAUGUGCAGAAGGACCUGGAGCGGCUGACACAGGAGCACAUUGAAAGUCAACAGGAUCUGGUGACACUUUGCACCCGGCUGGAGGAGAGACUGAAGCUCUACAACUUCUGCAUCUUGCAAUGUGAAACCUCAGGUCACUGUUGCCACCACCAGUUGGACUUUGGAUUUCCCAGCCUCAGAAACUGUUGUCACAGCAGGUCUGGAUUAUCCUGUCCCAAAGCAAUUACAGGGAGCAGAAAGGAAUUUUGAGGGUGGUCUGGUGUGCCCCCGGAGCAGCAGUUUUCCAAA